GGUGAUCUCGGGGUGGGGGGACAGGACAGGGGUGACUCCCCCGCAGUGACUCCCCCAGCUCCGUGCCCGCAGCACUCCGGGCACCCAUCCACGCCACCCCGUCCGUCCCAGGCACCCAUCUCUCCCGUCCAUCUGCGCCGUCCCUGGCACGGCGCCCUCGGGAACAAUGAGUGCAGCCAGCUCCUUCCCCGCAGCUGAACCAGGGGUGCAGCCCCCCCUGGGUACGUGCUGGGGGUGCUGGGCCCCCCCUCCUGCCCCCGGCUGGGUGUGGAGGGCGGGCAGUGCCCGCUGUUUGCCUUGGCACCCCCAUCCUGCCCCACAGAUGCCAGGGAAGGGCCCUCGGAGGUUUUUUGUGGCCCCUCCCUGGCUCUUCAAACAGCACGAGUGGCACUCGGCAGCUGGAGCGGCCCCAGCCUCUCCCGGCCAGCCCGGAUCCCAUAAAUGCCCCCGGACCGGGGCUGGCAAAGGCACAGGAGCGCACGGAGAGAUGGAUGACAGCUCCAAAGAGGCGCUGAUGGAGGAGGCACCUCCGAGGUACACCGAGUCCCCGCGCCGGCCCUGCAUCCCCCACGAGCUCAAGAGCCUCCUGCUGAUGGUGGCGCUGGUGGUGGUGGCCCUCGUGGUGGUCAACGUCACCUUCCUCCUGCUGGGGCUGCACCUCAGCGAGUCGCACGCCGAGACGGUGUUGAGAAUGACCAUCCACGGGCUGGAUGGCGAGGGGAGCCCCCAGGAGCUGGCCAUGAGCAAGAAGGAAAGGACAGGGACGUUCGCGGUGCGGGACGGGCUCAACGCCACGGCCACGGUGGUGUACGACUACAGCAAGCUGCUGGUGGGGUACAGGUCCUGGCGUCACCGAGCGUGCUACAUCACCCGUGUGGACAAGGACAACUUCCCGGGGCUGGACGCGGUCACCGAGAGCUUCCAGCGCCGGCAGGGUGAGGAGGUUGGGGACAAGGCCGUGCCCCUGGCUGACCGCUCCGUCCUGGGCACCACCAUCAACAUCCUGUGCAGCGCCGUGCCCGUGUUCUGGGAAAUCUUUGAUGUCCUGUUUGCUCCUUGCCACAUCCAGCAGCUCCAGGUGCCCGAGGUGGCCAAGGGACACGAGCCAGGUCCCACCUGUGCCCAGGGCCGGAUGCUCCACCCUGGAGGGUUUGCUUUGGCCCUGCCACCCCUCUCCUGGGCAGCAGAGAAGUCCCCGUGCCUGGGGACAAGGACCCUUGACCCAGAGCCCUCGGAGCCUCUCGAGCAGCAGAUUCCCAGGGGGACCCAGCUGGGAUGCCCCAGUAUAAAAUUCCCAGUCCCGGCAGCCAGGUUGGGCUGGGGAUGGGAGGAGGAGGAGGAGGAGGAGGAGGAGGCAGCCAUGGAGAGCAGCAUGAAGCAGGUGGUGUUUGAAGAGGAGGACUCGGGGAACGGCUGCUGCUGCCCGGGCUGCUGCCUGCCCUGCGCCACGUGCUGCGCCAAAUGCUGCACCAAAUGCAGCCUGUGCUGCGCCAAAUGCUGCUGCCUGCCCAAGUGCUGCCGCUGUCCCAAGUGUCCCAAGUGUCCCAAGUGUCCCAGCUGCUCCGGCUGCCUCAUGAAGUCGCUGUGCUGCCUCCCCCGGCUGCUCUGUUACCUGCCCCGCAAGCUGCUGAGCUGCUGCCACCUGCGCUGCCUGCUCAUCGUGGUGGUCGUGGUGGUCCUGCUGGUCAUCGUCAUCGCCGGCGUCCUGCUGAUGUGGCUGAGCGUUGAUCAGCGCCACGGCGACACCGUCCUGCGGGGCGGGUUGGGGACAGGAGUGGCCUGGGAAGAGGACGCGGCCACUUUCUACCUGGACAGCGGGGACGGCAACGCGGCCACGAUCAUCUAUGAUUACAAGAAUCUGCUGGUGAGCUACAGAGCUCGGCUGCACCGCGCCUGCUUUGUCACCCGUGUGGACAAGGACAACAUCCCGGGGCUGGACACCGUGCUCGGGACCUUCCAGCGCCGGCUGGCUGAAGACAAGAUCUCCGUGCCCCUGGCUGACCGCUCCCUCCUGGGCACCACUGCGAGCAUCCUCUGCAGCCUCCUCCCUGUUUAUUGGGUUUAGAGCCCGCGGGGUGGGCAGGGGGUGCUGCGGGACCCCCGCGGCACUGGGGGACCCCCACCCAGCCGGCAGCACCCCCACAGCGCCAGCUUUGCCUUGCAGCAUCCCCGACAUCCCAACCCCGCUGCGGCACCGG